AUGGGAGGAAGUUAACCUAAACCAGCACCAGUCAAGCAACCCACAAUGGAUGAAAUUCUUAUUGAUAUGAGAAUGGCUGCUAAAAGAUUCGAAAAUGAUGCUAGAAGAGCUGAAAAGGAAAAAGCAAAAUAAUUUGAAAAAGCCUAACAAGCACUUAAAAAGAAUAAUGAGGAGGGUGCCAAGAUGUACUUAUAAAAUAUGAUGCAAAAAGACAAAGAAAUGAAAAUGAUGUAAAGAAUGGCAAACAAACUUGAUUCGUUAUAAAUUACUAUUAAAAGUAACACCAGCAGUACUGUAAUGAUGUAAUAAAUUAACAAAAUUGCUCCUAUUCUUUAUAACUAAUCUCAACAAAUCCCUACCGAGUAGAUCUAUUCUGAUAUGGACAGAUUUGAAAAAUCUAUGGAUGAAAUAAUGGUUACUGGUAAGGUUAUGGAUGAAGUUUUAAAUAACCAAUAUGGAAACGAUGUUCAAGCUAAUCAAAACGUAGAUGCUAUGCUCAACUAAUUGAAGUUAGAGAAUCUCAAUAGUAUUUAGAAUAACUUAAAUGGAGAUAAUAUGCAAAUGUUCAAAGACUUAAAAUAAAAUGAAUUUUAAGCUCAAAAUAACAAUAAUUAAGUAAUCAACAAUCAAAACAAGUGA